UGGUCACACUGGGAUAGCUGGGGGUGGUGGGGGCUCCUUCCCAUCCUUAUUUCCCUGGCUUUCACACGAUGGCAGCAGAGGCGAGGGAACAUUCGGAGCGGCGGGAGCCGGGCUGAGCGGGGGUUCUGCUCCUGGCACAGCUGCCCUCGCUGCCAUCCCACCCCCCAGUGCCCUGCUCUGCCUUUGCUGCCAUCGCAGCUCACGCUGCCCUGCUCUGCCAUCGCUGCCCUCGAUGCCAUCACAUCCGUCCCCUCCCCACGCUGCUGUCCCGCCCGUGCCACGCUGCCCACGCUGCCCUCCAUGCCCUGCCCGCGCUGCCCUCCGUGUCCUGCCAGCGCUGCCCUCCGUGCCCUGCCAGCGCUGCCCUCCGUGCCCUGCCCGCGCUGCCCUCCGUGUCCUGCCAGCGCUGCCCUCCGUGUCCUGCCCGAGCUGCCCUCCGUGCCCUGCCCGCCCUGCCCCAGCCUGCUCGUGGUGCCCUCGCUCCCUCCCUGCCCAUGUUGCCCAUACUGUUGGUGCUGCUCCCGCUGCCCCAGCCUGCCCGCGCUGCCCUCCCAGGCUGCCCACGUUGCCCGUACUGUCGGUGCUGCUCCCGCUGCCCUCGCUCCCUCCCUGCCCACGUUGCCCGUACUGUCGGUGCUGCUCCCGCUGCCCGAGGCUGUCCCGCACUCAGGAUCGGGCCCUGGCUCCUCCUCCAGCCGCCCCGUGACGGUCCCAGGGGUGACACUACCUGCCCAACCUGCGCUGCGACACCCAGUCCCACCCCUUGAGUCAAGCGGCCGCGCUGUCGCCAGCUCGGCCUCUCUCGCCGCCGCUGUCCCGGACCCUCCGCUGUCCCGGACCCUCCGCUGCCCCGGACCCCCCUCACUCCCCGGCAGGGAGGAACCUUCGGUCGCUCCGUGCCCUCCCUCGGCGCCUCCGGGAGCCCGGCCCGCCGUCUCCUCGAGGCUUGGCUUGGCAGCGGGAAGGAGGAAACCCGGGCGGCCCUGCAGGGCAGGCGGCCGGGGCGACAUGGGCAGCGCCGAGGAGGACUAUAACUUUGUCUUCAAGGUUGUGCUGAUCGGGGAGUCUGGGGUGGGAAAAACAAACCUGCUCUCUCGUUUUACCCGCAACGAGUUCAACCACGACAGCCGCACCACCAUCGGCGUGGAGUUCUCCACGCGCACCAUCCUGGUGGGAGACGCCGCGGUGAAGGCUCAGAUCUGGGACACGGCUGGGCUGGAGCGCUACCGCGCCAUCACCUCCGCGUAUUACCGGGGGGCUGUGGGUGCCCUGGUCGUGUUUGAUAUCACCAAGCACCAGACAUACGAUGUGGUGGACCGCUGGCUGAAGGAGCUCUACGACCAUGCUGAGGCCAGCAUCGUUGUCAUGCUGGUGGGGAACAAGACCGACCUUGCACAGGCUCGAGAGGUGCCCAUGGAGGAGGCAAAAAUGUUUGCAGACAACAACGGGCUGCUGUUUGUUGAGACCUCUGCACUGGACUCCACCAAUGUUGAGGAAGCAUUCGAGACCAUCCUGAAGGGUACAGGCACUGGUGCCGUGGUGCAGCAGGUCCCAGGGCAUUGCGGGGUCCCUUUCCAAGGAUGCAGGGCUGGGCAGAUGAUGAUGUGCAGCACUUCUCUCCCUGCUCCACUUGAGCUAUUUAGGGCUAGUUUCAUGAGGUCUUUUGGUGUUUCUUUCUGUCUGCUUUGGUUUUCAGCCUUUGUUGCUGGGCGUUUCACUCCCCACACCCGAAGCUUUGUUCUCACGGCCCCUGGGCAUCCCUGAAGCCCCAGGGGCUGCUUCUCCCCCGUAAUCUCCAGUCUCCUUCCUGUUGUCCUGGGCUCAUGACUUGGUGUCUCCAGCAUCCUGCCAAACCGGCUGUGGGGACCUGGGGGGCCAGGGAUGGAGUCCAAGGGCAGCUCUCCAGGAAUGGCAGCCAGCAGCAUCCGGGCAGUGAGGUGUGCCAUGCCAUGCUGAGCCAUGCCAAGCCAUGCAGUGCUAUUCCAUGCCAUGCUGUGCUGUGCUGUGCUGAGCCAGCCUGGCCCAGUGAGCUGCCAGCCCCAGCACAGGGUGAAGCACUAAUCCCAGGUUGGGCAAGAGGAAAUGGGCCAAGCACAGGGUGUUCCCCAAGCGCUGCAGGGAUGCACGCCUUGUCCCUUGUCACCCCUCAAGUGGGGGGGUAACUCCCUCUGCUGUGUAGAGGUGAAGGAAAGCCACCAGCAUGCUGAGCAGUGGGGGCUGCAGGCUCGAAACUGUCCCUGCAUCCCCAGGGGGCCUUGGCUGACACACAGACCCCCCAGCACUUCUUUUUUUGCAGAAAUCUUCUACAAAGUGCAGAAGCAGAAGCAAAGGAGCAGCCAAAGCAACACGGUGUCACUUGCAAGUGAGAACCCUGCAAGCACAGCCCCAGUGCAGGCAGAGAGGCGCCCGUGCUGCGUGGCCCUCUGAGC